ACUCUCUCUCUCUCUCUCGCUAGCUGGUCGGUUUCAUCUCCCAACGACAACCCGAAAAAAGGAAAAGAAAAAGCCCCAAAAAUUUGAGAUUCCUCUUCAAAUCCAAAACGAUUCAAUCAAAAACCCUAAAUCUGCUCAAGUCCGAUCCCCUAACCCUUCAUUUUUCUUUCGCCUCCCAAAAUUUUCACUUUCCUUAUAAUCUGUCAUGGCCCUUAUCUGAGCCUAAUCGAAUUUUAGUGGAUUUUGGGAGUGAAGUAAGUGAGGCAUGAAGCGAGAGUUGGAAUUCGGAUUGGAGGGUUCACUCGGUCCAACUCGGGAGUCAUUGACUCAAUCUCAAACUCAGGCGAGGUCUAGUACUAGUUGUAAGAGAGUUAAAGUUACUCAAGUGAAUGGUUACAUUGUUUAUACUCGAGUUAAAAAGUCAAGAAUUAAUUGCCGUGAUGAAUUUUCGGAAAAUUUAGAAAAUAAGAAGUUUGAGAACUUUAAUGAGCCGAUUAAUGGUGUUAAAGAAUGUUUAGUUGGUGAGGAUCAGAAGAAUAAAACUCUGAUUGAAGUUAGUCAUGGGAACAAUAAUGUAAUUGAAGAUGUAAUUGGAAGUAGACCGGGGAAUGAGAAUGUAGCUGGGGAGAAUGUUUUGGUUAAAAAUGUGGUUGAUGAGAGCUUAGUUGAUCGAGAUAUUGGUGAAGGCGGUCCAUUUGUAGAGGCUUCAAUUGAGGAGAGCCGUGUUAUUGGAGAAAAUGCCAUUGUAGGGAACCUUGUAGUUGAGGAAAUUGGAAGAGAUGGUAGGCUUGUUCUUCAAGCUAGGCUUGGUGAAGGGUCCAGUUAUAAUUCGGCAAUGGUCAUGUCUAAAGAUGAGCGAAGCAAUGAGCUGGGAACGUGUCUGGUUAAGGAAGGAGGUCUUGGGGAGGCUUCCAUGCAGAUUGUUGACAGUAGCGAAGGGAAGACUGAUUUUCUCUUGAAGACCCUGCGGCGGUCUAAACGAUCAUUAUUGAGACCUAAGGUUGAACCACUAGACAGUUUGGAGUGCGAACAGCACACUGUUGAAAAUGUGUCAGUUUCAAGUUUUGGUGGAGAGGAAGCCGCUGAAGGAAGUGAUUUGACUACUCCAAGGAAGAAUUUGGAGUUGAAAAUGUCAAAAAAGAUUGCACUUAAUAAGUGCCCAAUGACAGUUAAAGAGCUCUUUGACACUGGUUUACUUGAUGGGGUUCCAGUGGUUUACAUGGGUACAAUAAGUAGUAAGACAGCUGGUCUCCGGGGCAUCAUUACAGAUGGAGGAAUUUUGUGUUCAUGUUCCUUGUGCAAAGGCCGCAGAGUUGUUCCACCUUCCCAAUUCGAGAUUCAUGCUUGUAAACAAUACAAACGUGCAGCACAGUAUAUCUGCUUUGAGAAUGGGAAGAGCCUGCUUGAGGUGUUGAGGGCAUGCAGGAGAAGACCUCUGCAUACAUUGGAAGCAACAAUUCAAAAUAUACUUAGUGCUUUACCAGAGCAAAAGUGUUUCACUUGUAGAAGAUGCAAAGGUUCAUUUCCUGUAAUACAUGUUGGCCAAAUAGGGCCGCUAUGCAAUUCAUGUGUGGAGUCAAAGAAAUCUCAGUGCAGUACAAUGAGUGCACCCAGUGCAGUUGCUAGAUCGCAAGAACCAGUAUUGAUUUCACAUUCCUCUGGAAGCUCUUCAGUGGGUAUUGUUCCGCAAUCAACAAGUCAAUGGAAGAUGGCAAGAAAAUCACAGGAACCACUUCUGAUGUCACAGUCUUUUGGAAGUGCAUCAUCGAGUGUUUCUCCACAAAAUAAAAGUCAAUGGAAGAAAGCAAGGAAGUCAUCAGAGCUUGAUGUGACAUCAAAUUCAUCCCAAUGUGCUUCAUUAUGCUUUUCUUUGCAAAAUAGGAGUCCAUGGAAGACAACAAGAAAGUUAACAAAACCAGGGUUAUUCACAAAGUCCUUGAAGAGUGCUUCAGUGCAUAUUUCCUCACAAGAUAAAGCCCAAUGGAGAAUAAAAAAGAAGCCAAUAAAACCAGUUUUGAUGUCAAAGACCUUGAAAGGUGCCUCAUUGCCUAUGUAUUCACCCAAUGGAAGUCAAUGGAAGAUGACAACAAAAGAUCAGCGAUUGCAUAAGUUGGUAUUUGAGGAAGAUGGAUUGCCUGAUGGAACUGAAGUUGCAUACUAUGCCCGAGGACAGAGAUUGCUUGAGGGUUACAAAAAGGGCUUUGGGAUAUUUUGUCGUUGUUGCAAUUGUGAGGUUAGUCCCUCACAGUUUGAAGCUCAUGCUGGUUGGGCUUCUCGUCGAAAACCCUAUGCAUACAUUUACACAUCUAAUGGGGUGUCUUUGCAUGAACUGGCAAUAUCUCUCUCAAAAGGUCGUCGUUAUUCUGCCAAGGAUAAUGAUGAUGCAUGCAUCAUUUGUGCAGAUGGUGGAAAUCUUUUGCUCUGUGAUGGAUGCCCAAGGGCUUUCCAUAAAGAAUGUGCAUCUCUACCAACAAUUCCUCGUGGUCGCUGGUACUGCAAAUAUUGCCAGAAUAUGUUUAUGAGAGAAAAAUUUGUGGAGCAUAAUGCUAAUGCUGUUGCUGCUGGAAGGAUUUUAGGAGUUGAUGCUAUAGAACAAAUAACCAGCAGAUGCAUACGUAUUGUGAAAAACAUUGAGGCAGAACUUAGUGGGUGCUCAUUAUGCAGGGCGUGUGAUUUUAGCAAAUCAGGAUUUGGUCCUCGGACAAUUUUACUGUGUGAUCAGUGUGAAAAAGAAUAUCAUAUUGGCUGUUUGAGGACUCAUAAAAUGGCUGAUCUAAGGGAAAUACCAAGAGGGAAGUGGUUUUGCUGUUCAGAUUGCAGUAGGAUUCAUUCUACACUGCAGAAGUUGCUCAUUCGUGAAGCUGAAAAGCUUCCAGACUCCCUUUUGGAUGUUAUACGGAAGAAAUAUGUGGAAAAGGGUUUAGAUGCUGACAUCAAUAUUGAUGUUAGAUGGAGGCUUCUUAGUGGCAAAUUUGCUUCUCCUGAAACUAGAUUGUUGCUUUCUCAAGCAGUUGGUAUCUUCCAUGAAUGUUUCGACCCUAUAGUUGAUGCAACAACUGGGCGUGACCUUAUCCCAUGCAUGGUUUAUGGAAGGAAUUUAAAGGGCCAAGAAUAUGGGGGAAUGUACUGUGCAGUAUUGACAAUCAACUCAUUCGUUGUAUCAGCUGGAAUAAUUCGAGUUUUUGGGCAAGAAAUUGCAGAACUUCCUUUAGUUGCGACAAGCAUUGCUAACCAUGGGAAGGGCUACUUCCAGUUGUUGUUUUCCUGUAUUGAGAAGCUACUGGCAUUCUUGAAUGUCAAAAACCUUGUGCUUCCAGCUGCUGAAGAAGCAGAAUCAAUCUGGACAGAUAAGUUUGGUUUCAAGAAGUUAAGACCAGAUCAGCUUAGUGAAUAUAAAAAAUCCUGCUGCCAGAUGGUGAUUUUCAAAGGAACUUCCAUGCUACAGAAAGAAGUUCCUCCCUGUCGUGUUGUUAAUAGUGCUGAGCCUACAGUGACGUAUAAUGAAGUGGAGUAAGGCAGAGCUAUUUUUGUAGCAAAAGGAAGUGCAUUUCUGUGUUUCUUGUUUCCUUUUGUUUUUUUUUUAAGAAAUAUUUAAUUUGUGCAAGAAAGUAGACAUUGAGGUACAUAAAUGUGUUAUUCUGUCAGUUUUAAGGUGAAGAUAAAGAAGUGAGCUCAAUUGUGAACUGGAAGGAGCUCCAAUGUGAAGUGCUGUGAAAAUUUUUCUGAUCCUAGUACUAUUAGCAAAACAGCCGGGCAAAGGACUUGAAUUUGGCAGAAUAGUAAAUAGGUAUUCCAAGUUAUUGGGUUUAUAUUUUGAUGUCUUUGGAUCUUUCUGUAAAGUCCGUUAGGACUAGAGUGGGGUUGGAUCUCUUAGUUUGUUUACUAGCUUUUUAGCAGAAAGGAAAACGGAACGACAAUGGAUGGAAGUCUAACUUCAAUGUUAAAGCUGCUUUUUCCUUCA